UCGAGUCGUCUAGAUUUAUUCAAAGAACAUCUCCUUCACUGAUCCACCCAUUUACAAAGGCUCACCGAAGGCGGAGCUGUUGACUCCCCUCAAACCCACGGAGCGGUUAACCUAAACAAUUUCUUAGAUCUGAAACAAUCGCACAGGAGAGAAACAACCUCCUGCUGAAUGCUCUGGAAAGAGCGUCCAGUGGGGGUCACCGCGGAGGUGAUCGCUGGGGUCAUGAAGAGCUUUUGGGUAGAUUGGCCAGAAACCUUCUUUCCGAACAUAGCUGCGCAGGAAAAAUAUCAGGAGAGUUACACUGCAAAUCGUAUCCAGCAAUCACAAACAUAUUCUUGUCAAGAAUCAAGACAAUGUGCUAAUGAACGAAAACAUAAUCACAACAUUUGAAGUAAACAGAAAGUACAUUAACACAGUUUUGCGGCCAGCAUUCUUUGCAUACGAAAAGCAUCAGAUAUUCACACACAGCUAACUGUUGAAAAGUGUUUUUCUCAAGGCAAACAGCAAAGGUGGCUCUAAGAAUCGAGCGUCAAGGGGAUGUCGACUGAACAAGAGUGGAACUAAAGUGACCACAAAGAUCGAGGGAAAGAUGUAGGCGAAGCGCUAUGUGCUAAACGUCUGCGGCUGCCAUGGAGAGUCACCUGCUGCGGUUC